AUGAUGAAACCUUCCUCGGCAGAGACGCUUCAUAAAGGAAGGAUGUUGUGGAUAAUUCUUCUAAGCACAAUUGCUCUAGCAUGGACUACACCAAUUCCCUUGAUAGAGGACUCGGAGGAACUCGAUGAGCCCUGCUUUGAUCCAUGUUACUGUGAAGUGAAGGAGAGCAUUUUCCAUAUACAUUGCGACAACAAAGGAUUUAUAAAUAUUAGUCAGAUAACAGAGUCGUGGUCGAGACCUUUUAAACUUUAUCUGCAGAGGAAUUCCAUGAGGAAAUUGUACACCAACAGUUUUCUUCAUUUGAACAACGCUGUGUCUAUUAACCUUGGGAACAAUGCACUGCAGGACAUUCAGACGGGGGCUUUUAAUGGGCUCCGAGUUCUGAAGAGGUUGUAUUUGCACGAAAACAAAUUGGACAUUUUCAGAAACGACACUUUCUUGGGUUUGGAAAGUCUGGAAUAUCUGCAGGCAGAUUACAAUGUCAUUAAGCGGAUUGAAAGCGGUGCAUUUCGAAACCUAAGUAAAUUGAGGGUCCUUAUCCUAAAUGACAAUCUGAUCCCCAUGCUUCCCACCAACCUAUUUAAGUCCGUGUCCUUAACCCACUUGGACUUGCGCGGGAACAGGUUAAAAGUCCUUUCGUACCGUGGGAUGUUGGACCAUAUUGGCAGGAGCCUGAUGGAGAUUCAGCUGGAGGAGAACCCAUGGAACUGUACGUGUGAGAUCGUGCAGCUGAAGAGCUGGCUGGAGCGCAUCCCCUACACUGCCCUGGUGGGGGACAUCACCUGCGAGACCCCCUUCCACUUCCACGGGAAGGACCUGCGGGAAAUCAAAAGAAGUAAGCUCUGCCCCAUGCUGUCUGACUCCGAGGUGGAAGCCAGCCUGGGCAUCCCUCAGCUGUCAUCCAGCAAGGAGAACGCGUGGCCUACGAAGCCGUCCUCCAUGCUGUCCUCCUUCCAUUUCACCGCUUCCUCCGUUGAGUACAAAACGUCCAACAAGCAGCCCAAGCCCACCAAGCAGCCCAGGGCACCCCGGCCUCCCCCAACGCCCCGUGGCCUGUACCCCGGGCCCAACCAGCCGCCUGUGGCCGCCUACCAAACGAGGCCCCCGAUCCCCAUCAUCUGCCCCACCGGCUGCUCCUGCAGUUUGCACAUCAACGACCUGGGCCUGACGGUCAACUGCAAGGAGCGAGGGUUUCACAACAUCUCUGAGCUCCUGCCCAGGCCCCUGAACGCCAAGAAGCUCUACCUGAGCGGGAAUUUGAUCCAGAAAAUCUACCGCUCUGAUUUCUGGAAUUUUUCCUCCUUGGAUCUCUUGCACCUGGGGAACAACCGCAUCUCCUACGUGCAGGACGGGGCCUUUAUCAACCUGCCCAAUCUCAAGAGCCUCUACCUGAAUGGCAACGACAUCGAGCGGCUCACCCCGGGCAUGUUCCGGGGCCUGCAGAGUUUGCAUUACCUGUACUUCGAGUACAACCUGAUCAGGGAAAUCCAGCCAGCGGCCUUCAGCCUCAUGCCCAACCUGAAGCUGCUCUUCCUCAACGACAACCUGCUCCGCACCCUGCCCACCGACGCCUUCGCCGGCACCUCGCUGGCCCGCCUCAACCUGCGCAACAACCACUUCUUGGCGCUGCCAGUGGCCGGGGUGCUGGAGCACCUGCACGCCAUCGUGCAGAUCGACCUGAAGCUCAACCCCUGGGACUGCACCUGCGACCUGGUGCCCCUCAAGCAGUGGCUCGAGGCGCUCAGCUCGGUCAGCGUGGUGGGCGACGUGUUGUGCGCCAGCCCCGAGCGCUUGGCUCGCCGCGACCUGCGCUCCCUUGAGCUGGGGGCGCUCUGCCCCGCCGCCCUGCGCCCCCCCGCCGCCGCCGCCGCUGCCGCCGCCUCGCCCCCGGCCGCCGCCGCCCCCCCGCCGCCCUCCGCCACCGGCGCGGCCGCCUACGAGCUGCCGCCGCCCGCCGCCGCCGUGCCGCUCUCCGUGCUCAUCCUCAGCCUGCUGGUCCUCUUCUUCUCGGCCGUGCUGCUGGCCGCCGGGCUCUUCGCCUUCGUGCUGAGGCGCCGCCGGAGGAAGCGGCCGUUCCGCGGGCCCCGGGCGGAGGCGGCGGAGCUGGGCGGCCCGGGGGGCUUCCAGGAGGGCGGCGGCGGGGAGCGCUCCCCGGAGAAGGCGCCCCCGGCGGGCCACGUCUACGACUACAUCCCGCACCCGGUGACCCAGAUGUGCAACAACCCCAUCUACAAGCCGCGGGAGGACGACGAGGAGGACGAGGCGGCGGCGGGGGGCGGCGGGGGGGAGGCGGCCGAGCUGCUGCGGGGCGCCGGAGAGCGUUUCGCCGCCGCGCCCCCCGGCCCGGAGCCGGGCACCAACUACCGCACCUUGCUGGAGAAGGAGCAGGAGUGGAGCCUGGCCGUGUCCAGCUCGCAGCUCAACACCAUCGUGGCCGCCCACCCGCAGCAUCCCGCGGGCGGAGGGCUGGCGGCGGGCGCCGGGGGGUCGGGGGCGGUGGCGGCGGCGGGCGGAGCCCCCCGGGACCGCGACCGCCCGCCCCCCUGCGCCGUGGGCUUCGUGGACUGCCUGUACGGCACCGUGCCCAAGCUGAAGGAACUGCACGUGCACCCCCCUGGCAUGCAAUACCCGGACCUCCAGCAGGACGCCAGGCUCAAAGAAACCCUUCUCUUCGCGGCCGGCAAGGGCUUCUCAGAGCACCAAACCCCCACAAGCGAAUACCUCGAGUUAAGGGCCAAACUCCAAACCAAGCCGGAUUACCUCGAAGUCCUGGAGAAGACCACGUACCGGUUCUGA